AGGUGCCGGGGGAGGAGGCUGUCGUGGGGGCCGGCUUGGAGUGGGAUUCGGCCCACGGCGCUGACCGAGUGCUGGGUCGACGGCCGUCGGGCGCCCGGGUCUGCGCGCACCGCUACUCCGGGUCGCCCCGGCCGAGGCGCUGGCCGCGGGAGGCCUCAGGAAGGGCUCGGGCUGCCAGGCCGGGCGCCAUGUCCAUGGAGGACCCCUUCUUUGUGGUGAAAGGAGAGGUACAGAAAGCAGUCAACACUGCCCAAGGAUUGUUUCAGAGAUGGACGGAGCUCCUUCAGGGCCCCUCUGCCGCGACAAGGGAAGAAAUCGACUGGACCACCAACGAGCUGAGGAACAACCUCCGCAGCAUAGAGUGGGAUCUGGAGGACCUCGACGAGACCAUCAGCAUAGUCGAAGCAAAUCCUAGAAAAUUCAACCUGGAUGCAACUGAAUUGAGCAUAAGAAAAGCCUUCAUCACAAGUACUCGGCAAAUUGUCCGGGACAUGAAGGAUCAGAUGUCGGCUUCCUCUGUGCAGGCAUUGGCCGAAAGGAAAAACAGACAGGCACUGCUAGGAGACAGCAGCAGCCAGAACUGGAAUGCUGGUGUGACGGAUCGCUACGGGCGCCUUGAUCGAGAGCUACAGCUAGCCAACUCUCAUUUCAUCGAGGAGCAGCAGGCACAGCAGCAGUUGAUUGUGGAACAGCAGGAUGAGCAGUUGGAGCUGGUCUCUGGCAGCAUCGGGGUGCUGAAGAACAUGUCCCAGCGCAUCGGAGGGGAGCUGGAGGAACAGGCAGUGAUGCUGGAUGAUUUCUCUCACGAGCUGGAGAGCACUCAGUCUCGACUGGACAAUGUGAUGAAGAAACUUGCGAAAGUGUCUCACAUGACCAGUGAUCGGCGCCAGUGGUGUGCCAUAGCCAUCCUCUUUGCAGUCCUGUUGGUCGUGCUGAUCCUCUUCCUAGUGCUGUGAUGAUGGCCCUCCUCAGGCCCUUGUGCACGCGGACCGAGGGGAGAGGGGAAGCUCGCACUCCACCACGUACAUUCCUCUCCCAGAAACACGCCUCUGCCCUGCUUCCUCUGUGUGACUCCACCACUGAGACGGCCCUCUCUCCCAGCGCUGGAAGGGCAAGCUUGGAAGAGGAAGAGGUGACUGCACUCCUGGCUAGAUAGCAGAAGCCCUGGCUGCCUUUUCUUCCUGAGGACAGCGAGCCACUGCUUUGCCUUACUGGACCUGGCUCCUUGAGGAAGGAAGGACUCAGAGUCAUCAGAAGAAACUACGGACUCACUCACUCUGUCACUCAUUCUGUUGGUCUCUGGCAGCCUUUCCUUCUUCUCAGACCCUUUCCCUGCUUCGAUGGGUGCCACUGUCCCUUCAAAAGAAAUCUGGCAAGAAUGAGGGCAUCUAGGGAUAUACAUUUCCCAUUGCUGUUGCAUUUCUUAGACCCGAGAGCUGGCUGAGGACAGAAGCCUCAGAAACGCCUCGUGACAGAAAUGCAGCGCUUCAUUUUGCUGGGCGAGACCUGAGAUUAAAUUGCUCUUCGGGGUGUCUUUGUGGCAGAGUUACGCAACAGGAAAUAGUGAAAUCUCUGGGGGCUUGGGAGUGCUGAUGACAAAUAGCUUCAAUGGACAGGAGCAGUUGAGAGCAGCAGUACCUGUGUUGGUCCAGCUUAUCGAGGGGCUGGUGGUGUCUCCAGAGGCCAGGCCAGACCUGCCGACUUGCUCUGUCCCAGGGUCUUCUCCCAGAGGUGCGGCAUGCCUAUUUAGUGUGCCCCUCCACACAGUGUGGGACAGCAUAGCAGCACUCCGCUGGGUGGGACAUGCCUUCUCCUUGAUGCUGUUAUUCGAUGGCACAUUUAUUAUGUCCGUGCAGAAACUAUCCUGACACAAAAAGGCUGGUUCUGGACCAGAGGUCCCUCACUCUGUGAGUAACAGCAUGGAUGGGUAAGAGAACUGGAGACUCUGGUCUCUAAGAUGACAACUUGACUUCAUCCUCCAUUUGAGUAACUGAGCCAGUCCAAAUUCACUGACAGAUGGUUUAUUGGGUUGAAGUAGCUGAAACCGCUGACACUAAACUUCAGGCACUGGGUGACUUUUUAGAUGCCUCACAUGUGCGCACACAUGAGGGAUUUUUUUAUAACAUCCCUGAUGUAUAAUCUGGUAUUAAAGUAGCUGUCAGGGCUAGAGCCAGCCUUUCACAAUGGAGGCUGCGCUCAGUCUUCUUCUGUGCUGGGAAGAGCAGCAUUUGGACAGCUUGACCUUUGACCUCCCUUGCUUUGCCUUUCUGUGCAUUCCUUAGCACGCCGACUUUUUAAAAAAUCCUGGGUUGUUCAUAUUCCUUGGGAUUUUGAUUUUUGGGUCCUUGUUUUGUUUUGUUUUGUUUUGUUUUGUUAUUCCCAAUGAUGUGCUUGCCCGGCUAACUUUUAAAUUGCACUUUUAAAUAAAUAUUUGUAACAAUUUUUAAAAGAAGGAUAUUUUAUCUCCUUUAGGAUCAUGAUAGGUAAUCCACCUGUUGGUGAAAGCUAAGAGAAGAUUUGUAGAACCAAAAGGGUGGUCAGCACCGUGUUUACAUUCAGCUCUGGUGUUUGAAACAGAGAUGAUAUUUCUUUUCAGAUUAGGAGAAAAUGUGAAUAUUACAAAGGGCUUCAAUGUAGGGUUCUGUGUUAUUUAUGUUUCACGAAAUUUUAAGGUUUUGAAUAGUCUUCUGUGAACUUAGACCAUGCACAGUCCUUAGAUUUGCAUUAAAAUAUAGAAGCCUUUUGUUAAAAAUCAAUGUGGGCCUUGUCUGAAUACUGUAACCCACACUGCACAUUACAAAGCCGUGAGCAGUCCGAGAAUUAAAAUUACCCCACUUAAAGCAUGUUGUCUGCCAGGAGAAGGGUGUCAGAAAUGCCCACAGCUGUGAUAAGAUUCCCCCAUCAGGUCAGAGACAGAGGUUUGCUGCUCUGGACUUAGUUUCAUUGGAUCUAUUUUGAGUUGGUGCGUGGGCCUCACUGACUCGCCGUAUUUGCUGAACAGUGUUGUUAGAUCUGAAACAGGCUGGAGCUGAGCAGCGAGCGUGUAAAGAGAUAGUCAACCUCAUAUGCACGUGUGCUCGCCACGGGCCACAGACUCCUGCAGCAGCUGGCUUAGUCCAGGCCCGUCCUGUUGUGUGGUCACCAGGCACAGGGAUCCUUUGAAACUGUGGCCAAGAGGACAGGGACGUACCUUUCUUCCCUAGUGACCCAGAGAGCUGAAGGCGUUCUUCUACAUGUCCUAGAAUAAGGAAGGGACAGCAGGGGUGCCCACGCCGCUUAGGAGUGUCUCUCCUCCAGCCACCCACCCAGCCUUCCGCACUUGGUCUCACACCAUAAUAUGCCGGUCAACAGAAAGAGCUGAGUGUGUUUACCGGACAAACGCUUAACUGACGGGGGGUGAGACGGAGGACAGCCCAUUGAGAGCACUUGUCAGAGUGCAGAUCCAACUGGAAAACCCAAAUCCCUUGAGCUCUCAGCCCUCUCCUCUGAUCUUGUCUUUGUUUUGGCUGGGAAACCACAGUGCUCUGUUUGCUCUGGACUGUGAGGCACACAGAGUUGUCUCGUAUGCCUGAGCAUGCAUGUUGUCUUUUCCUCAGUUUCAGAAUUCACGCUCGAGCUGAAGCCGGGAGACUUGGUACCGUGCCCAUUAUUCUCUGCUUUUAGCCAGAGUUAAACAGACUGAUGGGUCUGGUAGCCAACAGCUUGGCAACUUCAUGCCUUCUCACCUCGUGCGAGUAAGGGCUGUGAUGAGGAAUCCAGCCUGACUACAGCAGAAAUCUGUCUCUGUUAAGUGUUUACCUUCUGCAAGAACAGGUGCUGAGCCAAAGGCUUUCUUCUGGUGAUUUCUCUGCCCACCCCGUGAGACCAGAGGGGCAGGUCCAGAGCUCGAGGGAGGAAGGAGUUGAGGUCACCUCUGUGGACUCGGGGCCAUUCGGCUUCACCUUGGGCCACAAAGUGAGUUUAUAAACGAACCAGAAAUGGAUGGUCUGGGAAGCAAGUUGUAAAAUGUGGAGUGCAGCCGUUUCCCUCACUCAGACUGUAGAGCCUCCCUCCCAAGUUCGUAGGAAUGGUGGGCUUGUGUUUAUUUUUUGAAAGUGUGCAUCAUCUAUCGAGAGUAGAGAGAGCGUAAAAUCAAGAGUUCCCAUGGGUCAGUCCCUUGCUGUGCACCCCAGCCAGUCCCCGAAGAGGAGAUUCCCCGACAAGAGGCCUGACCUGGCCACAGGAUCCUCCCUGGACCCUCACUCCUGGGAGGGCCUGGUGAGAUAGGAGGUGGUCCGUCUUCAGUGUCCAGCUGCCCUUACUCAACUCCCAACUGUCAAAAGCCAUCUUUCCCCGAAAAUGGCCUUCCUUUUAAGAAUGGUGAGACGGGAAAGGCCCACUGCCAAGCCGGAUGACCUGGCUUUGACCCCGAGAGCCCACCCAGGGGAGUGAGAGCCAGCUCCUUCAAGUGGUCCUCUAACCAUCCAUGCUGUAUUGUGGGCGCAUGCGUGAGAAAUGCACAAAUAAAUAA